AUGACGGAGAAUAAAAUGUCUAUUCGGUCUCCCGAAGACACGGCAAAACAGUAUCAAGCUUAUCUAAGAAAGUAUGAAAACGAUGACAAGUUGGUGAUUCUGCAGGCCGUGGACAGGCCAGGGUCAAAACCCGGAGACAAUUAUACGUCAAUGUUGAUCAGAACGAAACUCGUUGGUACUCGUGGAGACGGAAGUCCAUAUGCCAAGACUUUUAUGACAAAGUUGAUCAUUGAGGAUAAGAAAAUCUCCACAUUACUGAACCUUUCCGAUUUAUUUAAUAUUGAGGCAGAUGCGUAUACAAAAAUAUUGCCCAAUCUUGGACCUUUUGGCCCUCCAUGUAUAUAUGCUGAUAAAGAUAUUAUAAUAAUGGAAGAUUUGGCAGAAAAAGGAUACGCCAUUUGCGAAAGGCGUAACUUUCUGGACUUAGAUCAUUCUGUCUUCGCCUUAAAGAGACUUGCCAAGUUACACGCUUCGGGUCUAUCUUUAAAGUUGAACAAUCCGUGGCAGUUUGACAAGUUUGGGCAUCUAGAAGAAUUAAUAUAUAAAGACAAUUCCGAUACAUCAGUAAUGAGAUUGUGUACCGAAAUGUGUGUGAGAACGAUAGUACAAUAUUUAAAUACGAUAGAGCCACGAACCCAGGAAUUGCAGAUUGUUAGAGAUUACUUUGAUAGCCUCCAAAAAACUUACGACGUGAUGCGUCAACUGUUUAUGUCGCCGAAGAAAAAAUACGACACGAUCUGCCACGGUGACCCAUGGAUUAAUAAUUUGCUCUUCCUGCACGACAACGACGGCAAUAUAAUUGAUGUAAAAAUGGUAGAUUAUCAGAUAAUUAGAUAUACCUCGUUGUCCACGGACAUUCUUUACUUUAUAUACGGCAGCGUGCAAUCAUCGCUAAUCGAGAAGAGCUUCGACAGCCUCAUCAAGAUCUAUCAUAAUGAGUUCAUCAAUGAACUCCGUCGAUUACAAGUAGAUGAGAAGAUUGUAGCGGAGCUCGGAAUCGAGUGGCUGCAGACGGAGUUGCGAAUUUACGCGCUUUACGGAUUGCUCGUUGGAUGCUUUUUGGUAAAUCCGAUUUUGGCGGAGGAAAAAGACAUUGAGCAAUUUGAAACGAUCGAAUUCGGCCCGAUGAAUCCUACGUAUCAUGGAGAUAUCGAUUCAGAAAUGAAGCACAAGAAGAUCGAUCGCGUCAAACGUAUCGCGGUUCAUUAUUACAAUAGAUUUAAAUUAGGCAUUAUUAAUGAUGAUACUAAAUCAAUUUCUAUUACGGGAUAA